CCCUAAGUUACUAAUUUGUCAUACAAAUUUCAUUAUUUUUAUUACAGAUAAAAUAUUUUUUUAAGAAAAUAUCUUCUUACAUUUGAUUUUCAUUGUACCUUCAAAUGAGUGUAUCAAAGGAAAAGCCGAAGUCGUUAAAAAAAUUAAGAAAAUCUAGAAUUUCGGAAUGCAUUAAAGAACCGCAAAGAACUACAAUUUUGCCACAACGUGUAUUUUUAUAUUUACAUCCCAAAUCCAUAACAUAUCCAUCCGAUGAUAUUCGUUUGGAUGGAAAGUUGGAAAUUGAAGUUGAACAUCAAUAUAAUACCAUAACAACCUUAAGUGAUCAUUUUAUGACAAGAAAUGUGAUACAAGUGGACCAGUUCGAAAAUGAAAAACCUACAUUUAGCAUUACCAUAGAACAAGAUAGUUUACAGGAUAUAACAAAUCUAAGUGAUGCGCCAAUUAUUCUCACCCUAUAUAUUUAUACUAAAAGAUUGUCAAAUACUUCCCAACUUUCAGAGCAAGUUAUCUCCGAAGAAGAAAAAGAUGAAAGUAGCGAAUGUGUACCAAUAGCUCAGGGUUUCAUUGAUGUAAUGGAAUAUUUUAAUAAAAAACGUAGUCAUGGUAUUGAUACCAUAUAUUUGUAUCCCUUGAAAACUUACGCUGAAACCAUGACUUGGAAAACCGUAUGGGAAAUAUAUUCCUUACAUCCACUUUUGAAAAAUGUUGAAUUUACAAAUGUCCUCUUUAUAAAUUUCGGUUCUCUUUAUAAUAUUAACGAAGAGCUUAUGGAAGAUUGUGAUGAUUUGGUGGCAAAAAUUUCAUUUAUAUCCAAAUUUCCCAAUGAAAAUAAUGUAUUUGAUAAAAUAUUUAUUUGUAAAUUUACAACAUUUUACAAAGACGUUAUUUCCUUGCAAAACUUAUCGAAAAAAUGGGAAUCGCUGAAAAAUAAAGAAAUCGAAAAUAGCAAUAGUAUGGGCAUAGCAACGGAUUCGAAAUUUCAUUUACACCAUUUAUUCAACAAUCUUUUCUGCACAGAAAAUGUGCAAUUAAAUAUUGAAAAUAUAAAUAUAACAGAAGAUUUUGCCUUAAUUAGUAAUUCAAUGCAUCGUUAUAUAUUGACGGAUAUAAUGCAAAAAACAUUGGAACAGAUAUUGUCCCUAAAUCAAUAUCAGAUUAUUCUUGAAAUCUAUAAAGAACGGGAGGAAAAUAUAGUUUUAUUACAAGGUUAUAUAGAUUUGUCGAUAUUUAUGUAUCCGGAAGGUAAGACAAUCAUUUUUACUGGUAGCUUAAUGAGCAAAAUGUGCCAAGUCCAUUUCAAAUUUUGUAAGAACAAAAAAAAAUUAAACGUGAGAAUAGUCCCUUUUGCCAUUGAUUUAAGGCCACCAAAUUUCCAAGUUUCUCAAAAAGACGCUAUAAAAAAUCCUAAAGACAAACGUAAAAGUCGAAAUAAGUCCAAUGCUCAAGAGCUGACCGACAAAAAUAUACCCUUCGCUAUUAUACAAUUUUGUCUACAUUCGCCUAUAACCAAUCCUAUACAAGAAAUGAAUCAACCAACUGGACAUAAGUCCAAACGGCAUAAAUAUAGUCAUUGUACGACCACAAUAUUAACAAAAACUACCCAGAAAGAUUUGGCCAUCAAAUGCGAAGAAAAUUAUAGAGAUUUUGAUGAUUUAAUACGCGAAAUAUUGGAUUAUAUGAUUAUAAAUCAAAUUAAAACCUUGAAUGAUGAUAAUGAAUAUUUUUGCCAUCAGUUGGGCAAUCUAGCUAAUAAAAUAAUGAAAUUGGUUGCAUGUGAUUUUAAUAUAAAAACGUCAACAAAAACUAAUAUUGAAUUUACGAAUCUUCUAACUAAGGUUUAUCGUGAAUUGAUGUCUCGUAUUAAUAAUUACCUAAAUAAAUGUGGUUUCAACGAUCUGGAAGAUUGUCUUCUAACAAUGAACGCUAUAGAAACUGCUAUGCUAACAAACAUGAGUAUGGCUAAAUAUUUAUACGAAGUGGGAGGGAAUAUAGAAAUGGCCGAAUUUAUUACGAAUAAAUUACGCUCAGAAUAUUCUAAUAAUUUAAUAUUGGACUUUUACGUGUUUUUAUAUGAUAUUGAAAGACAAAACUUUGAGUUAGUUAAAGCAUAUUUAGAUAAACCCUUAGAUGAAAAAGAUAAUCAGGCGGAAAUAUUUGCUGAACUAAUUCAAAUUUAUGUUAACUAUAAAUUACAAUUACAAGAUCCUGAAGAAUCUUCCAACGCCGAAGAGUUUUUAAUAAAAGCUUUAAUCAAACAUAAUAUGAAUCACAAUCCAAAAUCAUUAACGGGCUGGAUAUUAUUAUAUUGCGUAUAUAAAAAAUAUAAUUAUGCACCCGGCAUGGCAUAUUGUCGCUGGAAGUACGAAAAUCUUUAUAAUCGUUUAUUUGUUAAAUUGGAUUUUAUACCCAAGAGUCGUUGGGAAAUCUAUAUGCCUCAUAAAAUGAAAUUAAAAUCAAUAAAAGGUCAAAACUAUAUUAAAGUUUUUGAGACACUAUUGCGUUUGGGUUUAUAUAAUUUUGCCGAAUGGGUUUUUGCCGAAAUAGCGGAAGAAUGUAUGGAAAUUGAAAGAUAUUUUGUAUCAAGUACAUUUACGAUUUUAAACAAUAAUCUGGAGAAGUUCUCGUUAAAAACAUUUUCAGUGGAUAAACUAAUAAAUUCCUUGCAUAUGAGUGCAGUGUUAGCUCUAGUUAAUGGUAAUUUGGAAUACUUAAAAGAAGCUAAUAGUCCAGCUGCUAUCAAUCAGUAUCAAAAGUUGACAGAAUUAGAAGAUUUGAAAGACUUGAAACUUUAUCAAUUAGGUUUAUGGCGCUAUGCCUAUACCAUGAUGGAAGAGCAAAGGUAUGAGGAAGCUAGACAGAUUUUUCGUACUUUUUGUAAAGAAAAUGUUAAUUGUAUGGUGGCGGCUAUUGAAAAUGGAAAAGCUUCUUACUAUCUUGGUCAAUUAGAUGAAUCUGCAAAAUACUUUGCCUUGAGUACUCAAUAUGGCAUGUAUAUGCCGAAUACUUGGGCUUAUCUGGCGCUUAUUAAUCUAAAAUGUGGCAAAAAUUAUAAUGCUCUAGAAUGUUGGAAAUAUGCUAGAUUGAACCAAGAUACGGAAAUUUGUAAAGAAGUCAUAAAUGAAUUGAAUAAAAUUAAUACUAGCGAAAUUUGUCUUUAUGUAGAUGUCCCAAAUAAAACAUAA